GCGGCACCGCAGACUGUUACGGAGGAGCCAAAAAGCACACACCAAGAGCAUGUCAUUCCCACGACGCAGGAGACCUUUGUUACCACGACAUAUCCAGAAAUUGCAGACCCGGUCGACCCCUGCCGCAAUUUGACUCGAAACGACUUGAUCAAACAGCGCGUAGUUUUCAGCAGCAACAUUUUCGCCAUCAACGUUGCCAUGUUGGUGUUUGCACUCUUUGCUCCUAAGAACAUCUCGGGACGUUGGGUACUGUCAUUCAUCGUCUUCAUCAAGUCCAAGGAUUGUAUCUCUUCCAUCAUCGGCCUGUUGUAUCUGAUCUACAAGGCGAUCAAAGAAUUCUUCAAGCCGCCACCACCAGUCGAGUCGAAAUGGAUCUUGUCCUUGAUCCCUGCCUUCUCGGAGUCGGAAGAAAUGAUCAGAAACUGUGUCUUCUCGCUCCGAGACAACGACGCCCAGCCACAUAAACAAGUCAUGUGCAUUAUCCUGGAUGGCAAACCAAGAGACGUCAAGCAGUACAUGCGUAUCACAACCACUUUCAAGCGCAAAUACGUUACAUCGAGGUUCAAGCGUAAUGAAGUGGUCAUCACAGCUGGAUUCAUGGAAGAUGUACCAGUCAUCGUCUUUGAGAAGGUCAAGAAUGCAGGCAAGAAGGAUUCGCUCAUCUUGUGCCAUGACCUCUUCAAUGUCAUGAGAGAAGAUGCUCCUCUCUACACCAAGUUACUACGCAAGGAGAUCGAGAGGAACGUGUUGCCAUCCCUUGUUGGCGAAAGCUUCCCUGGAUUCGAUAUGGUUUUCUGUACCGAUGCCGACUCGGUCAUUCACAAAGGUGCUGUAGCAGGUCUGGCAAAUGCUCUCGUUCGCGAUCCCAAGGCCAUCGCCUCCUGUGGAUUGGUGCUGGUCGAGCUUGAAGCUGGUGCAGAAUGGUCCUACUGGAACUUGUACCAGCAAUUUCAAUACAACUUUGGUCAGUUCGUCAGACGACAAGCUGAGAGUGUAUGGGGUAAAGUCACUUGCCUUCCUGGAUGCAUCACCAUGGUCGCAGUACGACCAGAGAUGGCAGGAGCAAUGACUAGAUACGCAGCUCCUAUCACUGCAUACCCUGUGCUCUUACACCAAGUCCAAUACUUGGGCACCGACCGAAGGCUCACCUACUCGAUGCUGUCUCAAAGCAAAGACCUACACACAUUAUUCGUACCGGAUGCAGUCAGUGAGACCGUGGCUCCGCAAUCACUCAAGCACUACCUCAGUCAGCGAAGACGCUGGGGUAGCAACGCCUAUUUCAACAACUACUUUUAUUUUGCCGGCGAGAAUAUGAUCUGGAUCACGCGACUGUGGGCGUGCAUUGAAGUGACAAGACUCAGCCUGGUAUAUUACCGUGUGGCCAACACGAUUCUCUUCAUAUACGGACUUGUCAGCAGCUUCGACCUCAUGUCCAUCAUCCCACUUUUGAUCGUUUCACAACUGCCGACACUCUGGUUUCUCAUCAACACGGCGACAAACAAACAGCUUCGCCAACGAGCUCACAAGAUCUUGCUGGGGCUGGUAAUUAACAAGUUCAUGGCGCCCAUCAUGUCUGUCUGCGUCUUCACAAUUGUCGUCAAGAACCUGGGCUCACAAGCAUGGGGGCUGACGCAUGGUGCGACGAGUGCAGCACCAGCAGCCGCAGCCACAGCCGCCGUUGCCGAAGUGGCCGAAAAAGAGAAGGCAGAGACACAGCAAGGACUCCUCGAAAGCCUUGAGCCUCGCAACGGCUCUAUCAUGUCCAUCAUCACCGAGGAAUCAAGCAUCGGAACAAAUUCACCAAGACCCAACUCGUUAGCCAGUCGAGACCGAGAGGGCGAAUCCGAAGUCAACGAGAUUGAUGAAGAUGACCCUCGGGAGAAGAUUGUGGGCCUUCUCGCAGCAGGACUGUGA